AUGGUCAGAUACGUGAAAGAGGUUCAAGGCAGGAAUCAAACUGAAGUGACAGAAUUUAUCCUUUUAGGAAUCUCAGACAACUCAGAUCUACAAGCUGCCCUUUUUGGACUGUUUCUCUUAAUCUAUAUGGCAACUAUGGUGGGUAAUUUAGGGAUGAUCAUGUUAAUUAAGAUUGAUCGUCAUCUCCACACUCCCAUGUACUUUUUUCUUGGCAGCCUUUCCUUUGUUGAUGCCUGUUACUCUUCUUCUGUUACCCCUAAGAUGCUGGUGAACCUUGUGGUUGAGAAUAAGGCUAUUUCUUUUAAUGGAUGUGCUGCCCAGUUUUACUUCUUUGGCUCCUUCCUGGGGACCGAAUGCUUCCUGUUGGCCAUGAUGGCAUAUGACCGCUAUGCAGCCAUUUGGAACCCUCUGCUAUACCCAGUUCUCAUGUCUGGGAGAAUUUGCUUCUCCCUAGUAGCAACCUCAUUCUUAGCAGGCUUUGGGAAUGCAGCCAUACACACAGGAAUGACUUUCAGAUUGUCCUUUUGUGGCUCUAAUAGGAUCAAUCAUUUCUACUGUGACACUCCACCCCUGCUCAAACUCUCUUGCUCUGACACCCACAUCAAUGGCAUUGUGAUCAUGAUUUCCUCCAGCUUUAAUGUCAUCAGCUGUGUUUUGAUUGUCCUCAUUUCCUACCUGUGUAUCCUCAUUGCCAUCUUGAGAAUGCCUUCAUCAGAGGGCAGGUACAAAGCCUUUUCUACCUGUGCCUCCCACCUCACAGCUGUCACCAUAUUCUUUGGGACAAUUCUCUUUAUGUACUUGCGCCCAACAUCUAGCUACUCAAUGGAACAAGAUAAGAUUGUUUCUGUAUUUUAUACUGUAGUGAUCCCUAUGCUAAAUCCUCUCAUCUACAGUUUGAAAAAUAAGGAUGUGAAAGAGGCCUUGAAGAAGAUAUUCUCACAAGGCUGUCAAGAGUACCAAAUAAGAUACAAAAAAGUGUCUAUCAAGUUUAUAGUAAUAUGA